CAGCAAAAAUCAAACUACAAACAAUGUCAAGGCAAGCAGCAGCUGCUCUUCAUCUUCUUCAAACCACGAAUUCUCUUUCUCUCACGCGCCAAUCGCACGCCUAUUUCCUCCGAACCGGCUUUUUUUUCGACAACCAAUUCGCCACGAAACUCCUUUCUCUUUACGCCAAUAACCUCCGUUUCACCGAAGCCAGAAAUCUUUUAAAUACCAUCCAAUUUCCAGACGUUUUCUCAUUCUCCACUCUCAUUCACUCUUAUUCCAAACACAAAAAUCACAAUUGUGAAAACACUAAUCAUCAUGAAAUCAUUUUUUUGUUGUCGAAAAUGUUAUCUUUUGGGCUAUUACCCGAUACCCAUAUCAUUCCUUCAGUUAUAAAAUCGUGUACGGCGUUACGCGAUACAAAAAAUGGGAAAAUGAUUCAUGGGUAUUGCGUGAUUAAUGGGUUUUUUCAAGAUUCGUUUGUUUUGUCUUCUUUGUUGCAUUUUUAUGUUAAAUGUUGUCGGUUGUGGGAUGCGCGUAAGGUGUUUGAUGAAAUGUCUGAACCAGAUGUUGUGUCUUGUAGCGCUUUGGUUUCUGGGUAUGCGCGACAAGGGUGUGUGAAUGAAGCUAAGAUGGUGUUUGGUAAGAUGAGAGAGUUUGGGGUUGAGCCGAAUUUGGUUACGUGGAAUGGGUUGGUUGCAGGGUUUAAUCAGAGUGGAAAUUGUUUGGAGGCGGUGAUGGUUUUUCAAGAAAUGUGUUUGUGUGGUUUUAAGCCAGAUGGGAUGACGGUUUCUAGUAUAGUACCUUCUGUUGGAGAUUUGGGGGAUUUGUUACUUGGUGUUCAGAUACAUGGAUAUGUGUUUAAGGUGGCUCUUUUAUCGGAUAAAUGUGUUGUGAGUGCAUUAAUUGAUAUGUAUGGGAAAUGUUCAUCUACAGUGGAAAUGUCUCGGGUUUUUGAUGAAAUGUGUUUUAAAGAUGUCGGUGCUUGUAACGCUUUGAUUUCAGGGUUUGCUAGGAACGGUUUAACUGAGGACGCAUUGGCAAAGUUUAAGGAGUUACGGAAAAAAGAAUUGGAAUUGAAUGUUGUGUCUUGGACAUCUAUCAUAGCUUGCUGCUCACAACAUGGAAAAGAUAUGGAAGCACUGGAGCUAUUUAGGGAAAUGCAAGUUUCUGGGGUUAAACCAAAUGCUGUAACCAUCCCAUGCUUGCUUCCUGCUUGUGGAAACAUUGCUGCAUUAAUGCACGGGAAAUCAGCACAUGGUUUCUCUCUUAGGACUGGAAUAUUAAAUAACGUUUAUGUAGGAAGUGCUUUGAUAGACAUGUAUGCUAAUUGUGGAAGGAUAAAAUUUGCUCGGAUUUGUUUCGAUAGGAUGCCAGUUCGUAACAUAGUUUGUUGGAAUGCAAUUAUGGGAGGGUAUGCAAUGCAUGGAAAUGCCAAUGAAGUUAUAAAAAUAUUCCGUUUGAUGGAACAAAGUGAUCAAAAACCCGACUUUAUUACUUUCACUUCACUAUUAUCUGCUUGUAGUCAUAGUGGUUUCACGGAGCAAGGUGAACGUUUCUUUAACAAAAUGACAAAAGAGUAUGGAAUGAAACCGAGAGUCGAGCAUUAUGCAUGUUUGGUUACGCUUCUUAGCCGUGCAGGGAAGCUUAAAGAAGCGUAUUCCACCAUUGAACAAAUGCCAUUUGAGCCCGACGCCUGUGUUUGGGGAGCUUUACUUAGUUCGUGUAGAGUUCAUGGUAAUGUGAAUCUAGCAGAAGUGGCUGCAAAUAAACUAUUUGAAUUAGAACCUAAUAACCCUGGGAAUUAUGUUUUGUUAUCCAACAUUUAUGCAAAUAAAGGAUUAUGGAAAGAAGUAGAUAGAGUUAGGGACUUGAUGAAAUCCAUGGGUAUGAGGAAGAAUCCUGGAUGUAGUUGGAUUGAGAUUAAGAACAAGGUGCACAUGCUUUUAGCAGGUGAUAGAUCUCACCCACAAAUGGCGGAAAUAUCAGAAAAGAUGGAUAAUUUGGUUAUGGAAAUGAAGAAAGCAGGAUGCUUGCCAGUCACUUCAUUUGUAUUGCAAGAUGUUGAAGAUCAGGAAAAGGAACAUAUUUUGUGUGGGCAUAGUGAAAAAUUAGCAGUGGUACUCGGGAUUUUAAAUACUUCUCAAGGGUCUACUAUUCAAGUGAUUAAAAACCUCAGAAUCUGUGGGGAUUGUCAUGAUGUUAUAAAGUUUAUAUCUAAGUUUGAACAGAGAGAAAUAUUUGUAAGAGAUACGAAUCGUUUUCAUCACUUCAAAGAUGGGUCAUGUUCGUGUGGGGAUUAUUGGUGAAAAAAGUUUAUCGGAAGUAGUACUUGCACCGACCCCCAUGUUACUCAAAGAAACUUAUGUCUACAAUCAACAGUUACAGCCAUAAUUGGUAAAAAAAAAAAAACUAGCGAAUUCUUAUGCGUAUGCGUGUCCUUGUUUACACGAGGAUUUUAUGGUCUGGAGCAAGAUAACUUGAAUGACAUUAAUAACUGUUUCUGCCCGAAAGUGAAGUGGACAGCCAACUAAUGCUUAAGAUUUCUUUAUAAAUGAGAUCCUGAAGCCUGGAUGCUACAGAAGAAUGAAGAUUUGCUUGCAUACAAUGAGGAGUGGCCAACAGAUACUUCUAAGGGCGUAGACGUGAAAGGAUAACCCGUGGUAGGGGUCGUGGUUUCAGAUCAGAUGGGCUGAUCUUGACAACUGCUGUACCUUGAGGUGCAUAAAGAAAAGCUUUUGUCGCCAUAUGGGUUUGGUAACUUAAUAUUCAGCCUAUGACAUGAAUAUGUAUGAGUUUUUAGACAAAUUUUUAGUAGCUUUAAAUUGUCAAGUCAUGCCUGCCAUUUUUACAGUGAACUUGAGCUUUUAUCAUUUUAUUCGA